AUUCUUCUUUUUGCCUACUCUUGGUAUCUAAGUAGUGUUAUGAAUAAAACCGCAUCCCGCUGUUCUGUACCUUUUUCUACAGUGUCUAUUUUCUCCUCUCUCUCUACCUAGUUAAUCUCAAGAAUUCAGAAGAAAAAAACUCAUGGCAUAUUUGGUAGUUGGUGAUAGCCAUGAGUUAGUUCACUUGAGUUCAAAUUAACUGCUGAAAAUUUGAAUGUUGUAUGUAAAUAUGGUAAAAAUUGGAAUAUAAGCAAGGAUAAAAUGGAGAGAAUCACAGCUCCUUAUAAGGUGGACAGAAAGUCAGACUAAGUAAUUGCUAAAGGGAACAAUGUAAUAAAAAUAUAAUCGUUAUUUAUACAGUUCAGAGUCCUGUCUUUUGGCAUGUAAUGAAAGACUAAUGAAUACUGAGCAUCCUUCGAGGCAUGAAGGGAUGGAGUCUAAUAGUAGAAGGCCAGAGUACUGAGUGAGAUAUUUCAGAAAAUGUUAUUCUUGGUGCGACCCAGAUCAUACUAUAAAGAUACCAGAAAUACAAACACCAAGGGCUAAAGCUAUGUCAAUUUAUUUAUAUAGAGUUUAUUACCGCUACCAAUCAAUUUAUUUAUAUAGAGUUUAUUACCGCUACCAAAGAGUAAGGUUUUUGAGACCAAGAACCCAUUGCCUAUUCAUCAUAGCUGACUUCUAUGCCAAGAAAAAUGCUUUAAGUAAGAAGUUAUGUAAUAUAUGAAUGGCUAUUGGAGCUUUAACACUCCUUCUGUAUGGAAUAUUCACUAAAACAUAGAGGUAGAAGCCUUUACCUGUGGCUGAAAAUAAAAUCUUUGAGGAGAAAUAGAGUCAUCAAGGGAAGAUAGGCUUUUUGAAUGAGAAACUCAGUAGAGACUUACUCAAUGUUUAUUGUGUUUUAAUCACUAUUCAGGACACAACAGUGAAGAUGUGCUCUGCGACACAGUGGAUAUGAUCAUAUUCCUGUUCAUUAUUCCAUUACAGGUCCUGUUCUCCUGAGCUCUAACCUCUGAUACAUCUUCUGAAAAAGAGUAAAUGAGACAGAAUAACAAUAUUACAGAAUUUGUCCUCCUGGGCUUUUCUCAGGAUCCUGAUGUGCAAAAUGCAUUAUUUGUCAUGUUUUUACUCACAUAUAUUGUGACCAUGGUGGGGAACCUACUCAUUGUGGUGACUAUUAUUGCCAGCCCUUCUUUGGACUCCCCAAUGUACUUCUUCCUUGCCUGCCUGUCAUUUGUAGAUGCUGUGUAUUCCACCACCGUUUCUCCCGUAUUGAUUGUAGACUUACUCUGUGAUAAAAAGACUAUUUCCUUCCCAGCUUGCAUGGGCCAGCUAUUUAUAGGCCACUUGUGUGGUGGUGCUGAGAUCUUCCUUCUGGUAGUGAUGGACUAUGAUCGCUAUGUGGCCAUCUGUAAGCCACUGCACUAUUUGACCAUCAUGAAUCGACAGGUUUGCAUCCUUGUCUUGGUGUUGGCUGUGACUGGAGGUUUUGUGCAUUCUGUGUUUCAGACUGUUGUUGUGUACACUCUCCCCUUCUGUGGCCCCAAUGUCAUUGACCACUUUUACUGUGACGUUUACCCGUUAUUGGAACUGGCGUGCACUGACACCUACUUUAUAGGCCUCACAGUGGUUUUCAAUGGUGGAGCAAUCUAUAUGGUCGUCUUCAUCCUUCUACUAAUCUCCUAUGGGGUCAUCCUAAACUCCCUUAAAACCUACAGUCAGGAAGGGAGGCGUAAAGCCCUGUCUACCUGCAGCUCCCACAUUACCGUGGUUGUCCUGUUUUUUGUUCCCUGUAUUUUCAUAUAUGUGAGACCUGUUUCAAACUUUUCUAUUGAUAAAUUCAUGACUAUAUUUUUUACAGUUAUUGCACCCAUUUUGAACCCUUUUAUAUACACGUUGAAAAAUUUAGAGAUGAGAAAUGCUAUAGAAAAACUCUUGUGUAAAAGUUAACAAUAUUUAGAAUAAGAGUGUCCAUUCUCUUGUAGAUAAGGAGGUAUGUAGACAAGGUCUUCCCAGUGAAAUGUUCAGACUUCUAAGGAUAAUUCAAGGAUCCCAAAGUGGGAAGGCAGGACUGAGAUGCUCCCAGCUCAAUUAAGAAGUCAUCGCAUCAUGGCAUCUGUUUGAAGUUCAAGAUCUCAGCCUCUAUAUCCAGACUGAGAGUGGAUGGAGCUGCUAGGGUUCAGGUCCUAUUGUGCACAUUUUAAAUUAUGGUUUUUCUCUAUUAUACAUCUAUUGAGUCAGGAUAUAUCGAUUGAGUCAUAUAGUCAUAAUGGAGAAAGGGAGGCACAGGUAAUUAAAAUAUAUGCUCCUGUUCAAAAGGGAAGGCUACGGUGAUUCCCUCUGAGUAAUUUAUUUAAAGGCCUGGGGAAUAUACAAGCACCAUAUUCACAAAUGUCUUUGAAACUGGCCCUCAGGUUUGAGCUGAAACUCUAUUUGCCAUCAGAAAAUACUCUUAAGAAUCUUAGAAUUAUGUUCGUACAGUUUAAAGUACUUUUGAGACACGCCAUUAAAUUUUUCUGAAGUCUUUUCAACGUGUCUUAACAUCCACAACUUUGAAAUGACUUUUAUUUUGAUGACCUUUCUUACUUUUAGAGUGCUUAGCUCUUUGCAGAGACUGGAAAGGGAAAAGAUUUUUAUCUCUGAAACCAUCAAGUUCUGGCUCUUUUAUGUUUCUUGUGAA